ACCGAAAGGGGGUUCUCCUACAUAAAGGACAAUACUUCACUAUACCGAAGAACAUGCGCUAUCGACUCACAUUUGGCUGCGUUUCACAUUACGUCUAUUAUAUUUCCAAACGUCGAAGAUGUUUUAAAUUCAGACAAGUUAUUCAAUCGUCUUAUGUCUUUACUGAAUCGUGAAAAUUACCAUGAGGCUGGAAUGGUUAGUUUGCAGCAGAUCAAUCAAAGCAACAUUUCUCAAACGGUUCACAUAAUGGACUUUUAUGGCACUGUCCAUGACAAUUUCCCGUUGAUCGAUAAACUUGUAUGUGCUGAAAUGUUUUCUAACAUAAAGAUACCAAGUGAGAGUCGGAUUAAUGAAGAAAUAUUCAGCCAGUUUAAAAUGUUCGGCUACAUCAAGGCUUUGGGAGAUCCAGCAGAUCCAGCACUAAUUCUCGGGUACUGGUUGACUACAAAACCAAUUUUUUACGUUGAAGAUAAGAAGAAAAGAAUCUUUCAGCUGCAGUUUUUGCUGCUUAGCAAAAACGAGCACAUGACCAUGUGUUUUAGAUUCUCCAGAAACAACUGGAAGCUCUACGACAACGAUCAAACAAAACCUUCUUUCCAGAAUUUUCACUUGGACAAGAUUAAUGAUUAUGUCAUUUGCAUGGCUGGAUACAUCAACCUAACACAAUUUGGCAUUGCUGAGACAAGAGCAGGAGCAAUGCCUUUCGAUUUAGGUAUAAGAAGUUCCCUGGGUGAUCCAGAGCCGUACAUUUACCCCGUAGCUAUUCCCGAGACUGGACAAGGACUGGGACAAAGGCCUUAUUAUUCAAACCCGCUAGAUAUUCCCACAAUAUCUGAUCACCUGGAUGAGCCAGUGGAAGACGUUCCGGCAGCAGCUGAGGGCCAUGGAGUGGAGUUGUAG